UCCACAACAGCAAAAAGAGACACUUCCCUGUCACAAAAAUCCAACACACAUAGAACAGAAGAAACCAUGAAACCUUCUCAUCGAUUUCAUCAACCACUUCUCUUCUUCUUCUCCUUAUUAUUAGCCACCUUCCUCCCAUUAAUCCCGACCGUCCAUUCCCAAGAAUCAUCAGACGACUCAGAUUUCAUCCGUACGAGCUGCACGUCCACAUUAUACCAGGACCUCUGCUUCACCUCUCUCUCAAACUUCUCAAGUUCCGUCCACAACGAGCCAGCUCUCUUGGCUCGAGCCGCAAUCUCCGUCACUCUCACCAAGACUCUUGAGUUAGCCUCAUACCUCUCCAACGUCAUCACGGAGACUAGCCACGUCACCUCCGAGAAUGGGGCCCAUCCAACUGCAGCCGCCGUUUUUCGUGACUGCUUCGAGAAUCUUAAAGACGCGGUCGAUGAAAUGAGAGGCUCGAUGAAACAGAUGAGGGAUUUGGUCUCGACUGGCUCGUUCGAGUCGUUCAGGUUUCAGAUGAGUAACGUUCAGACGUGGCUCAGUGCGGCUUUAACCGAUGAGGAGACUUGUACAGACGGGUUUAAAGACGUUCACGAUGAGCCGAGGAAAGAUGACGUGUGCGCACGGGUCGAUGACGUCAAAAAGUUGACUAGUAAUGCGUUGGCUUUAGUUAAUCGAUGCGUUGAUAAGGCAAUACAUUGAUCUUCUAUGAUUAUUCAUCAGAUAUUCUUCUUCUUCUUCUUAUUUUUUACUUGAAAAGAAAAAUGAUUGGUUUUUUUAUGUUUGUUUCUCAAGCGUGCAUGAUAGAGAUAUAAUAAGAUAAUUCUGUUUGUUAUUAUUGGCUGUAAUGAAAUUGAUGUACGUAUAGUAGCAUUAUGUAGUUAUUUACGCUUUUCGUUUGUCGAAAUUACGAAAAGAAACAAGU